AUGCCGCAGUACGAGAAAGACAAAUUGCUAUGUAAUGUGAAAGCCAUGAGGAUGAUCAAAUUCGCCUUACAAUCUGACACCUUUAGGUUGGUUGGUUCAUGCACGACGGCCAAAGAAAUCUGGGAUAGAUUGAAAGAACUAUAUUCGACCGAUGAAGAUCUAGAGCACUCCAUUCAAACCUUAAUACUGUCAGAAUUUAGAGUAUUUGAACAGAAACCUGACGAAAAGCUUAUACAAACUUUCGAUUGGUUCAAUAAUCUCCUAAGUAAGAUGAUUAAGCAUGGAAUAGAGAGGAAAUUGAUUGAGCAAAAAGUGACUUUCAUGGAUGGGCUCAGACCAGAAUGGAUGGCUGUUGUUUCUAUAUCCCAUGAAAGUGUAGUAACCAAAGAAGUGAAAGUGGUUUCUGGUGUAGGAUCGCUGGCUCUUGUCUCUAAAGGAAAUGGUAUUGCAGAAGAAGAUGAAGAAGCUGAUAUGUCGGAGUGUGACCUCACAAGCGAGGAGUAUGCUAUGAUGGUCACCAAUCCAAAGAAGUUCGCAAGGAGAAAAUUUCCUAUCAACAUGAACCGAAACUGGCAGGGAAGUUAUAGCUCUGAGAAAGUGAAGGAUGAAGCAAAGAUCUCCUCUCAAAAGGAUGAAGAAAAGAAGGAGAGCAAGCUUGCAGGAGACUCAGGAUACAACUGCAAUUACUGCCACGACAAGAACCACUUUGCCAAAGAUUGCAUGCUAAGGAAAUUGGCUGAGAAAAGAGACGGAGAAGAUGAUGAAGAGAAUCUAGAUAAACAUGAGUUCGGUGGCGUCGAAGUUUGGUCAACCGAUUCUGAAGACGAAGAGUUACAUUUAAGUUGUGAGAUAGGAGAGAAUAUUCACAAAAUGAUUUUGCCCUUUCUUGAAUUUAAGGAAGACGAGAUCAUAGCAGAAUGUGAAUCAGAAGUGUCAUCAGAUGAAACAUCCGUGUCUUACAAAAUUGGACUGGACAAAAUAGAAACAUUCAUUGAUUCUAAGGAACAUAAGUGUAAUCUAAAAGAUAUUUUAGAUGAAAAUGAUAAAUUGAGAAUAAAGUCAGACACUUUAAAAUCAUUUGACAUGUCCAAUGCCAAAUUGAACUCCGAAAAUAGAAUGAACCUACAUACUACAUCUGAAUUUGAUGAAGAAAGCGGGAUGAGUGAAAUCUUGGUAGAAGAUGUUAUUGAUUGCUCUGAGUUUGUAAAAAAGUGA